GAAGAGAUCUCGGUCACACUUACAGAGGUUACCAGUCUGUUGCGAUCGUGUGCUGGCAAAUCAUUCGCUUUAACGACCGUUCGAUUUAACACUUGAUAAAAUUAUUGAUAAAAUUACUACAAUGGAGUUCCGUGUUGUGGCCGCCCUUCUCUUGAUCGCAGUGGCAGCAGUUUACAGUCAAGGAAUUGCUCAGCAAAUCUCAACUUUGUGUAAACAGACAACAAUAAGAGCAGGAUCGCAUUUUGUCCGAUCCCCAAACAACUGCAGUGAAUUCUACUAUUGUGAUCCUAUGUUCCCGCAAGUAAUGGCAUGUGGCAAUAUGACCGUGUUUUCACAAUCUCAACAAGUCUGUGUGCUUAAGAACAGCCAAUAUGACGACUGUGACCGCCAAGUUUAUGGAGGAAAAUUCGAUGACCCUCUAUGUAACCCACGUCCAUUUGGAGUUAACCGUGACCCUCGCGACUGCCAUAGGUAUAUUCCUUGCUUUAACCGAACCUCUUAUCCUUCCAUGGCAUGCCAAGCCAACCUUUUCUUCAACUUUCGACUUCAAAGGUGUACCUCUAAAGAGAAGGCAGAUUGUUUGACCCAAUAAAUGGUUUUCGGCUUCUGGAAUGAUCCUUCCUGACGGUUUUUCUUAUUCAAUAAGAUUUUCGAGGAAACGUGUUUUCACAUAUGGAAUAAAAAUUCUUUAAAACUGUA